AUGAAGUUCUCCGCGUCCCUCAUUGUCUUCUCCCUCGCUGUGGCUGCUUCGGCUAAGCCACUUAACCUGGCUCGUGGCAGAGAAAGCUUCCGGGGCGGCCGGCCUGGCUUCAACUUCGGUGGUCAGCCCCACGCUGGCGCAGCUGCUUCGAGUACGGCGCCUUCCAGCUCAGACGUAGCCGCAUCCAGUUCGGCAGCCGCUUCGGUGGCUGCUGCAUCCGGUUCUGCGGCGGCUUCGGUGGCCGCCGCGUCUAGUGCCGCGGCUACGUCUGCAGCUGCAUCAGUCGCUGCCUCGGCAAGCGUCGCCGCCACCUCCGCUGCUGCUUCGGAGAGUGUCGCCGCGACCGCAACCGACUCUGCAGCAGCUACCAGCACUGCAUCUGCUGGCGACAACGCUGCAGGUGGUGCCGCGGCCGGUGGCGACGCUCAGUCGUCGCUCACGCUCGUCCAAUCCGUCAUCGCUACCGGCUUCGCGAACAACGGGCAGGAUGUAGCUGAGGCCGGCCAAGUGCCCUCGCUCACCUCCUCGAACAACUUCAUCAACUUCUGCGCGACCGUUCCCCAACUGCCGAUCACCAACGGCCUGCAGAUCACGACCGGUUCUUGCAACCCCGCGCCGAUGGGGAUCAUCGCCGCCUUCACGAACAUGCCCUCGUCCAAGUUCGUGUUCCCCCAGAGCGGCGCCACCGUCCCGGCGAACACGAACUUCACCAUCCAGAUGAAGAUCAAGCACCUCGUCACCGGCAACUUCGUGAACGCGGCCCAGAACUACUUCUCCGCGCCCCAGCAGACGGACUCCGCUUCGGGCGACAUCAAGGGCCACUCGCACGUCGUCAUCGACCCCGUCCCCAGCGCGAACAGCACCGAGCCCACGGACCCGACCAAGUUCGUCUUCUUCAAGGGUCUCAACAACGCGGCGGACGCGAACGGUCUCCUCACGGCCGAGGUGCCCAACGGUCUCCCUGCAGGCUCCUACCGCCUGGCUUCGAUCAACUCGGCCGCGAACCACCAGCCUGUUCUUGUCGCUGUCGCCCAGCACGGGGCUCUUGACGACAUGGUCUACUUCACCGUUGCUUGA